AUGAACACAUCGACGGCAAUCAAGUUUGUGGCUGCUCUGGCGCUCAUCUCCUUGGCUCUCUCCGCCGAUGCCCUGCAAAUUGAGCCCCGCAGUAGUUGGGGAGCAGUGGCCGCGCGUUCCCCAUCGAGGAUCUCCGGUGCCGUGGACUAUGUGAUCAUCCAUCAUUCCGACAAUCCCAACGGAUGCUCCACCUCCGAGCAGUGCAAGCGCAUGAUCAAGAACAUUCAGUCGGAUCACAAGGGUCGCAGGAAUUUCAGCGAUAUUGGCUAUAACUUUAUAGUGGCCGGCGAUGGAAAGGUGUACGAGGGACGUGGCUUUGGACUCCAGGGAUCGCAUGCUCCUAACUACAAUCGCAAGAGCAUUGGCAUCGUUUUUAUUGGCAAUUUCGAGCAUACUGCACCCUCGGCCCAAAUGCUCCAGAAUGCCAAGGAUCUGAUCGAGCUGGCCAAGCAGCGUGGUCACCUCAAGGACAACUACACGCUCUUCGGGCAUCGUCAGACCAAGGCCACCUCCUGCCCGGGUGAUGCUCUCUACAACGAGAUCAAAACAUGGCCCCACUGGAGGCAAAACUAA